AUGUGGAUUACCCUGGCGGCUCAAGUGACGGGAAUCGAGACCCCGUGGCUAGCUCUGGGUGGUACUGAAGCCUGUCCCACGAACCUCACGGAACCACUGGCCCUGUUGGCAAACUCCAGUGUUGGCAGUGUGAUGAAAACACCGGAGUCUCUUGUCGGGUUGGAAAGAUUCUACGCCUUGUCCUUCACGACUUACUCUCUCGUUGGACUGAUCGUCUCUGUUGUAGUCUGUAUACUUGUCAGCGCUGUCACAGGAUUUAAAAAUCCUAAAGAGGUAAACCCACUGUAUGUGUCACACCUCAUUCGUGGGUUAUUCUUCACCGAGAAGGAAAUCGAGAGGGCGUUAGCGGAAAUAAAGAGUAGACACCUGGAACUGAUUGUGCAACCGGAUGGAAAUCACUCGGAUGGUGAGGGAGACACCGGAAACGGAAAUGUAUUCAAGCCCGUGGUCGGAAGUUUGCCUGGGCCAUUGUUGCAGGAUCUGGAUAAUGACCUGUCGUGGAGAGAUGACGACAAUAAUACCGGGAAAAUGUAGCUGGUUUUUGUGUAAAACAUGAAUUUACCCAGCGUUAUCGAGACAACCGAAAACUGUAUUUUUUGAAGCCAAAUUCCUUGGGAAGACGUGUAAAAUACAACUGUCGACCAUCUGUGCAAAUACAGAUUUACUCUCUGUAGUACAUUUAAACUAAUUAAUUAGCCAACCGAUGAACAAAAACUGUGGAUGUACAUUAGGGAACGCUACAGAGGUAUUCUGUGGUAGCUACACAUAUAAUAGCUAUGCAACUUACAUGGACUGAGAGACUGGAAACAAGUACUGGUUUUAUGUAUCAGAGUUUUCGAAAGUUGUGAAAGCGGUGAGGCACAAUGCAUGCAGUAGGCUACAUACCUACAUACCAAUAUGUACAUACCUGUAUGUGAUGUGGGUGUAAGGAAUACCUGGGGCAAGUUUGUAACUAUGAUGCUGCAUUAACGUUCUAUGGAGCUGGCUUAGGUUGUCACUAUGGCUGGUGCACAUCAUCGACUAUAGGAUAAUCUUUGCGGCUGUGGCUGCUUAAACACAACGGACUGUCUAAAAGUCUACGUUGUUAAGACAAAUGUAUGUCUCCUUAAAACACAAGGGAUUGUCUAGAGUCUGCUUUGUCAAAACAUAUGUUUGCUUAAAGCAAAGGGAGUUGCCCUGUCUUGUUAAUACAUAUGUCUGCUUAAAACACAGGGGAUUAUCUAAAUGUCUUCCUUGUUAAGACAAAUGCAUGUCUGCUUAAAACGCAAGGGCUUGCCUAAAGUCUGCCUUGUGAAGACUUAUGUCUGCUUAAAACACAAGGGCUUG